AUGUUAACAACAACAAAAACAACAGAUCAGCAGCUAAAGGAAAACAUAUCAAAUGAUGAUGGCGAUGAUGAUAGUACAUGUAGUGAACUCCCAAAAUACGUACAAUCAAUGAUCAUUGACAUGUUGAUUCACGGUCAUGAUUUUGAACGACAUUAUGAUGAUGAUGAUGAUGAUGACUGUGGAUUGUUCCAGUUUAGAUAUCAUCAAGAAUCAGAGAUGAUGAUGAUGAUGGGUGUAAACAAACCUCUAGAAAAACAAAAUCAAUAUAUUACAUUCAAACAACUAAAGUGUAUUGCGUUAGUAUCAAAAUGGUGGAUGAAAGUUGUUAUUCAAAUAACAUCAAAAAGUAUAGAGUUGGUUGGUCCAUUGAAAGAGUCUUACUUUUCAUUAUCAUCCAAUAGAUCAGCUGUAACAACUCUAAAAUGGAAGGUAUUUAGUCGAGGGCUAUAUCAUGAUGGCAAACCAUUACCAACCUAUACCGAGUUUGAUUAUACAAGGUUACCUAGAUUACUACCAAACCUACAUACACUCAAUAUCUAUGGAGAGUGUUUGGAUAAUGAAGCUAUUAAAGCAAUCGUCCAAGUAAUCAACCUAUUUCCACACAUUCAAGUUAAUUUGGAGAUCACCAUUGAUUCAAAGGAUCGAGCUAUCAAGUUUGAUUGGCAUGCCAAACAAAUAGAAUGGCCCAUUGGCAAUGAUCAUAUAUCAUUUCACAAACAACCAAUAGUAGUGGUAACAAACAGAGAUAGUCUUGGUGGUCUGGAUGCACAGCUAGUCGACUGUUUUCAUAGGAUGCUUGAUGACUUGAAACCAACCUAUUUUAACCUAGUGUGUCCAAUUACACAUUUCGAUCUCGAAUCAAUAUUCCAACAUCUCAAGACUGUCAAGCAUGUUAGUAUUGCAUAUGAUUUUGUCCAAGUAGCUCAUUUAAAACAUAUAGUCAAUUGCAAUGUAUUUAAGAAUAUUGAGACUCUGCGAGUUGGACCCAUCACACAUCUUGCAGUACUGGUACAAACAGGCGUCGACGCGGUAUCUGAUUGGGAUGAACUUUGUUACAAUCUCUCAACCCAUUCAACAUUGAAAAAGCUAUCGUUGAGCAAUCCACAAGGACAUGGAUUUGGAAUUGGAAUAUCAGUACAUGAUGUAAUAGCAGUUGAACCAGUUCCAAUUGAAAAUACAGUAUCCUCAUUUACAUCGAUUUGGAAGGUCAACAACAGCAUCGAACUACUUGCAUUGUCAAAUCAUCCAAACACCAUUUCACCACAUUUCUUUUCAACUCUUUGUCACAAUCAAAGUAUUACAACGUUAAUAUUGACAGAUGGUACAUUGGUAGAAGAAUACAUUCCAUCAUUCUCUCAAUUAUUAUUGACUAAUCAAACAAUUAGCAAUAAUCAUUUGGAAUUGACAGUCGAGUUGGCAAUGGCAUUCAAAAAAAACAAAUCGAUUAAAAUAUUGGAUAUUAGAGGAAACCAUUUUAAAUCUAAUUUAUUAUUUGAUUCAUUGUUGGAGAGUGACUCUAUCCAAUAUUUAACAGUCAACGAGGAUUUGAUUAUUCACUUCAAAUAUAAUCAAUCAUUCAUCCUAGGAUAUAUGAUCAACAAAACAACAACAACAACAACAACAACAUUAUCGAAAUACAUUCAAUCUAUUAUCAUUGACUAUGUGAUUCAUGAUUUCAAAAGUCGUCAUUACAAUUCGAAUUGUGAUGAUAAAGAAAUGUUCAAACACAUAACAUCUCUUCAACUAUCAUAUCUAAUGAUCAACAAUAGACCCAAGAAACAAAACAACAAGUUUUCUACAUUCAAACAACUUGGUAGUAUUGCAUUAGUAUCGAAAUGGUGGAUGGAGGUGUCUCGUCAAAUAGUAUCAUCAAGUAUAAAGAUAGUUGGUCCGUUUAAAGAAUCUUACUUUUCAUUAUCAUCAUCAUCAUCAUCAUCAGAUACUACUGUAUCUUAUCUAAAAUGGAAGAUUAAAAGUAAAUAUUAUGAUGAACGUGAUGCACCAAACUAUACCACCGAUUUUGAUUAUACAAGAUUACCUCUUUUACUACCAAAACUAAGGUCAAUCGAUAUUGUUGCAAAGAAGAAUUCAGUGGACACCAAAUCUAUUAGAGAAAUCAAACAGGUCAUUGAUGCAUUCCCAUACAUUCAAGUUAAUUUGGAUAUAGAAAUGGAUGAAAAUGGGUGGAGGUUAGAGUGGCCAGCUGACGUUAUUAAUAAUCUCUCAUUAUCUUUAGAUGGACCAACCAAAUUACUUGAUUAUAUGAAACCAAACAACUUUAAACUAUUGUGUAAAGAUAGAAAUGUCCAUUUCGAUUACCCAUCGUUAUUCCAACAUCUAUCUUUAGUUCGUCAUAUCAAUAUUGCAUAUGAUUAUGUCGAACUAUCAUAUUUAAAACACAUUGUAAAUUGUGAUUCAUUCAAGUAUAUUCAAAGUCUAAAAGUUGGUAUCAUCACAUGUCAUUUGGAAAAUGAAUUAUCAAAUGAUGGUCAUCCAAUCCAAUAUAAAUGUAGAUCAUGUGGUGUUGGUGGUGGUAAUGGUGAUGAUAACCUCCAGAGAACCAAAGAUACAGUAGAAGAUUGGAAUGAACUUUGUUUUAAUCUCAGCAACCAUUCAAACUUGAAACAACUUUGGUUGGAAAGUUGUCAUGGAAUUCAUCCAAUGGCACUAAUAAGAAAUGGAAGAGAGAAAAAAUUAGUAUCAGGUGAGAUUAUAUUAGAAUCUGCAUCAUUGGAAAGAGUAGCAUCAUCAUUUGCAUCAAUUUGGAGGGAAAAUAAUAAGGUUGAACUUCUUUCACUGUCAAAGCUUCCAAAUAUCAUUUCACCUCUAUUCUUUUCAACUCUUUGUCUCAAUCAAAGUAUUACAACUUUAAUAUUAAAUAACGGUACUUUGGUUCAAGAAUACAUUCCAUUAUUAUGUAAAUUACUAAUGACCACAAAGACAAUCAAAUCUCUAGAUAUAAGUUGGAAUUAUUUUCAACCAAGUUCCGAGUUGGUGAUGGCAUUUAAACAAAACAAAUCCAUCAAAGUAUUAAAUAUAGCAAACAACCGAUUUUCAACAGAGAUUUUCGAUUCAUUGUUGGAAAGUACAACCUUACAAUAUUUAAUCAUUGAUGGACCAUUAUCACAGAUUUAUUACCAACACUUGUAUUUUAAACCUCAUUCAAAAUCAUCAAUCAAAUGUUUUGUAACUGGGGUCAUCGAUUUGUUCAAGGAUUAA